AUGGUGACAGACAAAUGUGUGACAACUGCCUUGUGUAAGCUGCCAUCAAUUGGUAUCAAACAAUGUGAUCGAUUUGGCAACAUUGUAAAAAGAUUUCAAGUGAGUUUCACAGACGAUAAAGAAUAUACCAAGUGUUGCAACAUGUUGUCUUUAACUUUCAAAUUCUGUUUAAGCAACAAAGACACUUCAAGAUCUUCAUCAUCUUCAUCGGCAAUGUUGUCCUCUUCUCAAGUUGUGCCUGUCGCAAGUUCUCAGAUUCAACAACAGAACUCUCAAUCAUUUGUACACUAUAUUUCCCAAACCCAACCAACUCAACAACAACAAGUAUAUUAUCCUGUUAUAUCAUCACAACCAGAAGCAAAAGUGGCAUUUAUGCCACCUAAUCAAGAAUUCACUUAUCCUUCAAUCACACCAUCUAAUCCUACGCAUGUUUAUGCACACUUACCUGAGCCUAUUCCUGAUAUAAACAUGGGCAACAUUGAUGAAUUAAAGAAAUUAACUGAUUCAUCAUUACGUGCGGCUAUAAGAAACCAGAUUAAACUGAAUCCCGAGUUUGUGGAAUUUGUUUCUAGAUUAGACCGAAUUAUUGAUGAUAUAUGA